UUCAAAUUUGUUCAGUCAUUUUCUCAACUAGUUUUUUGAGUGUUUGUGUGUGUGCCCUUGCUUUAGGCGUCCACAUGUAGGAUUACAUUCGUAGUCUCAAACAGAAUGGUCGCCCUCUAGUGAGACAAAGAAAGAUCAUAAACUUUCCAGGUCAAACGCGGUUUCCUCGCAAUAUCCUAGGGCGAACGACCAAAUUCGCUUUUACCCCUAAAUUAUAGCUGGAGUUAAUGAUAGGUUUGUUGCGGUCUCGCAGAUGGCGCCUCCUCCAUCCAUGCCUCCGUCGAAUGGCAAGAAUCAGCGCUUAGAAUUUGCAUUGACUGACGUCUGGUUAGUAAAGGGCGGAGUCCGGAGCGAUGACACGUCAGAAAGCAACACAGACAGACAGUCACGUCUCUCUUUAUAGGUGUAAAGAGAGAGAGCGACGCAAUUCCUCAGCCUCGUUCUGCUAAAAGCAUCUCCUUAUUGUGCUGAGGAGCGGACAGUUUGCUGUUUACUGCCGCCGACUGAAAGCAUGAGAAUUGCAAUGUUAGUGUCUCUCAUCAGGCCGACAGGGCCGAUUAUUGUGGGCAUCUCUCUGGGAUUCACUCUGAGUCUCCUCAGCGUCACCUGGGUGGAUGAGUCCUGCGACUCUGACUGGAUGGGAGCCGCCGACGAGAUGCUCAUAGGGCAGCCUGGGAGCUCGAAAGGGGCCCGUAAACCUAGUUCGAUAUCUACUGGCACAACUGACAACGGAAAUCUCGAAGGGGAUUUUGAGCCCAGAAUAGUGCCUUACAACAAGCCUGCCCAGGAUGGUCCUCCAAAGAAAGUUUUCAGAGCCAAGUAUGCCAGCACGGAGCUUGGAAUUCGUGAACGUCUCUUCGUCUCAGUAUUUACCUCCAAAACCACCAUGAACACUUUAGCUGUGGCCAUCAACCGGACCCUCAACCACCACCUGGAUGGCCGGCUCAUCUUCUUUACAGGCACUCGUAAUCGUAAACUCCCUAAUGGAAUGUUUGUGGUGGCCCAUGGUGACGAGCGUCCAGUUCCAAACAUGUUCCAGUCUGUUCGAUAUCUUCUAGAACAUCACAUUGCUGAUUACGAUUGGUUCUACUUCGUCCAGGAUGAUACCUACACCCAGCCUGAAAGGCUGAAGACCUUAGUAAGCCACCUGAGCAUGGACCUUCAGCUUUACAUGGGCCAGCCUGGAGAGUUCAUUGGAGGUGAAACCCAGAGGAGGUAUUGUCACAGUGGACCAGGAUUUCUACUAUCCCGUGCAGUACUUCUGAAGCUACAGCCAUUCUUGGAGCAUUGCAGGACUGACAUUGUAAGCAUCAGACCUGACGAGUGGCUUGGUCGCUGUAUCAUUGAUUAUGCUGGCAUGAGCUGUGUGGAGGAAUAUGAGGGCCUGAAUUAUAAUUAUUUUGCCAUGGAAAACGACAUGGACCUUUCCAGAAUGGAGAAUGAAGGAUUCCAAAAUGCUCUCACUGUUCAUCCUGUUGCCAGUGCAGAACUUAUGUAUCGUCUGCACAAACAUUUCACAGAAAUAGAACUGCAGAAGACCUAUGAAGAGAUUGAAAAACUACAGUCUGAGAUAAAGAAUGUGAGUGAAUUAGCAGUGGAUGGAAACAAGAGUGCUCUGUGGCCCAUCGGCAUCACACCUCCCUUUGAACCCAAGAACCGCUUUGAGGUACUGCGCUGGGACUACUUCACCGAAGACAACCUUUUCUCCUGCGUUGACGGUGACCCAAAAUGCCAGCUUAAUGGUGUGGAUCGUGAGGACGUGACUGAUGUCAUCAGGGUCGCUCUUGAAGAGCUCAACAAAAAAUACAACCCUUUUGUACAGCUAAGCACUCCACAGCUGGUGAACGGUUACAGGCGCUUGGACCAUACACGAGGGAUGGAGUACACCCUGGACCUGCAGUUCCAGGCCACUACUGAGUCUGGUCACCAGAAAUCGAUCACACGCCGUGUGCACCUUGUGCGACCCCUCAGCCAAGUGGAGAUUAUCCCCAUGCCCUAUGUCACAGAGGCUACACGAGUCCACGUCCUCCUGCCCCUCACCAGUUACGACUCCCAUGCAGCACUACGUUUCUUAGAUCACUGUUCCUCCAACUUGUUUGAGACUGGCGAAAAUGCAGUUCUUAACUUCCUCUUCACCUAUGAACCCACGGAGGCCCAAAAAGUGAGUACAAAUGAUGUCUUUGCAGAGGUCAAGGCUAAGAUCACUUCCGUCGAGCACACAUAUCCCAACGUGAAGGUGUCUUGGAUCAGCAUAAAGACAGAAAGCCCAGGUGUCCUGCGGAUCCUGGAUAUCGUAUCUAGGAAGCACCCGGUGGAAACACUCUUCCUCCUGGUCACUGCUGACACUGUACUCAACUCAGAGUUUUUGAAUCGCUGUCGUAUGAAUGCCAUCAGCGGCUGGCAGGCUUUCUUUCCCAUUCAUUUCCAAGAAUUUGACCCCAGUGUGGCUUACCCAGACCAGGUUCCUCCUGCAACACCAGACCUGGUCAGGGAAGCGGGUCACUUUGACCGAUACACCUUUGAGGAGGCGUGUUUCUACAACUCUGACUACAUGUCCUCGCGCACACGGAUGUCAGGUGAUUUGCAGGAGAACGAGGAGCUGCUGGAGAACCUGGAUCUUUAUGACAUGUUUGUGCAGUAUUCAGGACUGCACGUGUUCCGUGCCGUCGAGCCUGCCUUGCGCCAGGUGUACCGCAACCGGACCUGCGAUCCUCGGCUAAGUGAGGACGUGUUCCACCGCUGUCUCCAAAGCACUCUGGAGAGCCAGGGGUCACGUUCCCAGCUCGCCAUGCUAAUAUUUGAACAAGAGCCAGGCAACAGCACCUGAGGAGCUUCCAAAGAAGCAACAGUGGGGAUAACUGUAGACUGGCUAAACGCUAGCAAUCCAUUUUAACAUCGGUCAACCAGUUCUCUAGUUAAAGCUGAUGGAUUAUCUUACUGAAACCAAAGAGAAAUGUUCUGAAAGGAACAUUCAGAGACAAUUAACAAGAAAUGUCUAGAGACAUCUUUUCCGUGAGCACUUGACUCACAACUGUUAAUGCACUACAAAAAAAAUCUCUGAGUAAUUUUAGAAUUUUGUAUUGCGGCACGUUUCUUCUUGUUGCCUCGAUGGGAUGAAUUACUUUUGAUGAUUCCCCAUUUCUAAAUGUGAUUUUACCUUACAGACUGGUGGAGUUAAGCCCGAAGUAUACUUCAGUUUUGACAGAUGCUAGCACAUGAAGUAUACUUCAUUUGAUAGCAUGCGCAAACGCAGCCACUUGUCACAUGCACACUAGAAAGUUUUACCUUUGACCAGUGUCUGUGCUAAUUCUCCCCUGAAAUUAUGACAGAUAAAAAAUGUCUUUGUACUUGCUUCAGCUAGAGUUGCAGGUAUCUCUUAACCUCCUCACACAAGUGCUCAUCAACAAGGGCAUCUACUGUUGUUGCCUUCUCUAGUGGUUUGAUGUUGUUGUUGUUCUGUCACCUCUUUUUUCUGACUGUGAAACAAAUGGCCGGGGCCAGUGUUGCCACCUUGUGGACAAACUAAUUUGUGCAAAAAAAUUUCAAGGUGUACAGAGUUAAGUGGUUAGAAAUAUCUGUCAGCUUACAUACAGUAUGCACAUACUAAUAGAGUAUUGGUUUAACUUUGUUUUCUCCAUGGGGAAUGAAUCCAUGAAUUUUUCAACUUUUAAAUAUUUAAAAACAUCUGUUUCAAUUUUAACUUAUUUUUAAAAUAAUCAUGUUUAACAGAGGUAUUUGUGGUGAAAAACUUUUACCAAUGACAAUUAGAGAAUCUGACGUAACUGAGUUGGUCUCUCUAUGUUCCCAUAAUACUUAAAUAUUUCUGUAUAUAUGCAUAUUUGACAAUAAACUUAAAAUAUAUUAUUUCUAUUGAAUUAAACAACUUCUCAUGAAUAUUAUAUUUUUAAUUAAUGUCAUUCGUAAUGCUUUGUAGAACUGUAGUUCAUUUCCUCACUAAAGCUGUUAUAUACAGUUGAGGUCAAAAGUUUACAUACACCUUGCAGAAUCUGCCAAAUGCUAAUUAUUUUACCAAAAUAAGAGGGAUCAUACAAAAUGCAUGUUAUUUUUUAUUUAGUACUGACCUGAAUAAGAUAUUUCUUAUAAAAGACGUUUACAUAUAGGCCGAUUCUCAAACGGAAGAUUUGUAGGCUCCAUACGUCAUAAAAAAGAUCUUAUGUUAUAAUAUUAACAGUUAUAAAUUUGUAAACAGGAAAUAAAUCAGGGUUGAUGACGUAUGCAGCCUGCAAAUGCGACCUCUGGAGGAUGCAGCCUUACGUUUGAGAAACGGCCAUAGUCCACAAGAGAAAAUAAUAGCUGAAUUUAUUAAAAUGACCCUGUUCAAAAGUUUGCAUACACUUAAUUUUUAAAGGAGAAGUCCACUUCCAGAACAAAAAUUUACAAAUAAUGUUUGAAGCCGCAUUUAAACUGCAUUUUGGAAGUUCAAAAUCUGGGCACCAUAUCAGUCAAUUAUAUGGACAAAAAUCCUGAAACGUUUCCCUCAAAAAACAAUUUCUUUUUUGAUAGUUGUUCAUGUGUCCCUUAUUUGUUCUAAACAGUUAAACUGCUUGCUGUUCUUCAGAAAUAUCCUUCAGGUCCCACAAAUUCUUUGGUUUUUCAGCAUUUUUGUGUAUUUGAACCCUUUCCAGCAAUAACUGUAUGAUUUUGCGAUCCAUCUUUACACACUGAGGACAACUGAGGGACUCAUAAGCAACUAUUACAGAAGGAUCAAACGUUCACUGAUGCUCCAGAGGGAAAAACUACGCAUUGAAAAGAUGGAUCUCUUAAACCAUUAUUUCCUCUUGUGGACUAUAUGUAAAUGUCUUUUAUGUGAAAUAUCUUAUUCAGGUCAGUACUAAAUAAAAAAAUAACAUGCA